AUGAAACGAGGUGCGACUCAAUCCCGUUGCCCCCCAUCUCUGGAUGGCGACAUUGUGAAGGCUGUUCUUGAUUCUCACGACCACUGGGGUACAGCUGCAGAGUCCAGAGCGACAGAAAUGGUUCAGUCCAUUCAGAACCUUGUUUCACCGGGACACGACCUGCUACCUGUCUUUUCCGUGGAAGAGCUCCAGAAAAGUCAAGAGCUUGACCCAAGCAUCUCUAGAGUCAUGCCAUUUAUCAAUCGGCAGAGGCGGCCCUCAAGGCGAGAGAAGGACGGUCUGGACACGAGUGCCCUAGUCCUUAUCAGACAGUGGGAGAGGCUUAAAGUUAUUGAUGGGGUGCUCUACAGAGUCGCCAGAGAUUCCAUGAGCAAACAGAAGAGGCAUCAGUUUGUGUUGCCCAAGAGCCUGAUAGAAAAGGCCUUGCGCGGUGUGCAUGACUUGGCCGGACAUCAAGGGCAGGCAAGAACGAUUCACCUGGCAAGACAACGCUUCUUUUGGCCUAGAAUGGAGCAUCAAAUUAAGGACUACGUCAAGUGUUGUCAGCGGUGCAUCCUGGCCAAGACACCAGAGCCUUCCGCCAGAGCUCCACUUGAGAGUAUCAGGACCUCGGCUCCAAUGGAACUUGUGUGCUUGGAUUUCUGGAGCGCAGAGGAUAGCAAGCAGCGUUCAGUGGACGUUCUUGUCCUGACGGAUCACUUCACUAAGUUGGCCCAUCCCUUUCCCUGUGCAAACCAACAGGCAAAGCAGGUUGCCAAAAAGUUAUGGGAUAACGUCUUCUGUGUAUACGGGUUUCCAAGGCGCAUCCACACAGAUCAAGGAGCCAACUUUGAGAGUGAGCUCAUUGCGGAACUGCUUAAACUAUCAGGAGUCUCCAAGUCGCACACUACAGCCUACCACCCCAUGGGGAACGGAGGGACCGAGAGAUUUAACAGGACUCUUGGGAAUAUGUUGCGUUCGUUGCCACUGAAAGAGAAAGCUAAGUGGACCCAGCAAAUCCAAACCCUGACAUUUGCAUAUAAUGCAACGGUGCAUGAAACAACUGGAUACGCACCAUUUCAUCUCAUGUUUGGGCGGGUUCCGAGGCUCCCCGUUGAUGUGAUGUUCAAACAGGUCCUACAUGACUCGGUGGUCGUUGAUUAUAACGGCUAUGUAACAUCUCUUAUGUCUUACCUCCAUGAAGCGGCCAGUAUCGCUCAAAGGCAUGCUAUCAGAGAACAAGACAAGCAAGCCAGAGGUUACAAUCGGAAGGUCAAGGGGACUUACCUGAAUGUGGGAGACCGAGUACUCCUCGCCAACAAAGGCGAAAAGGGAGAGAAGAAACUUGCAGACAAGUGGGAACCAACAGUCUACACUGUCAUGGACAGCAACCCGCAGACUCAUGUCUACAAGUUGGAAGAUGACAAAGGAAAAACAAAGGUGGUAUAUCGUAACCUUAUCCUGGACAUCAGCUUUCUGCCCAUGGAGUCUGCUGAUGGAGACACUUCAUUAACUGAGGACAGUCCUGAUGAUUCAGAGGACGAGUGUCAAAUGGAGGAUCUCAUCAACUCUUUGGAGGGGGAGAGUUCGCAGGAUAGGACGAGUGCAUGGGUAUUGAGCGGGGCUGAAGAAUCCGCCAGUCAUCAACCCAGUGACGAAGUGUCUAAUGAUGCUGCCCAGUCUGAUAUGGAGCAAGACUCUUCUGAUACAGAGAUAGAACAGUCAGUGACACCAAAUUCAGUUUCAGUGAUUGAUGCCAGCAGUAUCCGAUCGUUUCAACCAGUCACAUUGCGAGCAGUUGACACAGCAGACACAGUGUCAGGGGUUGCCACAGGCCAUGUCCCAACUGUUAUCCUUGACACAAUGUUACCAGUUGGGGGACGGGGUCGAGUAAGCCGGUCAUCCACACAUAAAGGCAGUGUGUUUAGAACACGUGCUGGCAGGGUUGUUAAGAAGGUCAGCCGCCUAGUAGAGACAAUGGCUCAGGUACCGAUUAUCAUGGGGGGUUCUUAAACUCAUCUGGUUGGUAAUCAGAGUGCCUUCUUGCCCUAUUCUGUUCUGAAGAGUUGUACUAUGUUUUUCUUUUUUUUCUGGGAUAUUGUGUCUAUUGUGUUGUUGUUUGUAUUUUGUUUUGCACUUUGCCACUGUAAGAUGGUGCUUAAUGUGUAUCCUUGCAAGUGUGAUUUUAGAGUAAAGUGGGCCGGGUAGUUUGGUGUACACGGCACCAGACGAUUCUGGGAGGGACUAGGGCUUGCGCAACCCUUUGAUUUCUCUAAACCUGUAUGUCAGGUAGCUCUCAAGUUGAAUAUGAAGAUUAGAUCUCAAUGUAAACCCGUGCGUAUGGCCCAGUGUUACUGGUAAUGUCCAGUCAGCUGCUCAGGAUUUUGGUGUAAUUCAGGAGGGGUGAAUGUAGCAGUUUUUUAGGAAAUAGUUCGUUUUGGGAGAAUUUGUCAUUUUAUUUUGAAAUCCUACCUUCUUCCGGAAGUGACGUUGAGUCCUCACUCGUUGCUGAGACAUGCGUGAGGAAAUUGGUUUGCUGCUGAGUCCUGUGUUAACGCUGCCGCACUGUUUCCUGUAUAUUUCAUACAGGUAAAAAUAAAUACGCCACCUGUUUCGGCUAAAGGCAA